AUGAAGUCCCUCUCCAUUCUGGCCAGCCUGGCUGUUGCCGCAGUUGUGAGAGCUGCUCCCGCCGGAUUCCAGAACAGCACGGGCGUUACGUGGAACCCAGCUUCGUCGGAUCAGACCACAUGCGAUCCAUCUAGCUUCUCUCAAGCUCCCAUCGACGAUGCUGCCGACUGGCGCUUUUGUGCCGCCCUCUCGAGCUCCUGGGCCAGCGAGAACGGAACCUUCCGCAUCCACGACGUCUCCGGCAGCACCUUUAUCCCCGUCCUCAAGUCGGAGGGCUGCGUCUUGGGCGUCAAGGCUUCUGAGCAGGGCCAGGGGCCCUACACAAUGGGAGACCAGGAUGUCAAGGCCAUCCUCAGAAUCGCGCUUCAGGACUAUUCCGAGGGAACCGACCUUUCUGUUGAAGGCAGCGUCAAGUGUAAUGUUGCUGACGGCGGCCGAGCUGAUCUUCAUUGGCAAAUCUAUGGCCAGUAA